CUGGAGGCGCGUCCGGGCCCGGUGGCGAUGGCGGCGGCCAAGGGGGACGGGGCGGUGGGGGAGCUGGAGCUGCAGGCGGCCAUCGGCUUCAACGGACAUGUUCCCUGUGGCCUCAUCUGCCACCCCGACAGGGAGCACAUCCUGUACCCCCUGGGCUGUACGGUGGUGAUUCAGCACCUGGACACUAAGAAACAGAGUUUCUUGCAUGGCCACACCGAUAACGUGUCCUGCGUUGCCGUGUCCAGGGAUGGGAUGUACGUCGCUUCAGGACAAGUCACCUGCAUUGGAUUCAAGGCAGACGUCAUCCUCUGGGAUUUCCCAAAGCAGGAGUUACUUGCUCGGCUCUCGCUGCACGAGGGCAAAGUCGAGGGACUCUCGUUCUCGCCCAGAGGCAUUUAUCUUGUGUCCCUGGGAGGCCAGGACGACGGCAGGGUGAUGGUGUGGGACGUCAGUAAGAGAGGGGCUGUGUGCGGGAGCCCGGCCUCGCCGCGCAGCGCCGGCAAUGCCAACGUCGUCAUGUGCUCCAGCUGCAGGGACGAGAUGUUUGUCACUGCUGGAAAUUUCACCAUUCGAGUGUGGGAACUCGAUACAGCAACUAAAAAAAUCCAUCCUUCUGAAUGCUACGCGGGGCAACUGAGAAGAAUCACCAUGUGUGUUCAGAUGACAGAUGAUGAUGGUGAUUUUUAUCUUGGCACGACGAGUGGAGAUGUCCUGAAAGUGAACACAAGCAGCAAGGUGCUGACUGCCUGUGGGCCCCAGAAGAAGAAGUUGAGCAUGCACGUGCACCUCGCCCAGAGCCCCUGGUUGAAGCCGCCCGAGGGCCUGAACUCCCGUGUCCUCAGGGCUGAGGGAAAGGUGCCAAAUGCACUUGAAACAAAACUUCACCAAAAAUACACUUCUGAGAGCACUGCUAAAGAAGCCGUCAGGCAGAGUCACGAGCAGGAUGCUGUGCCGUUUGGGGGUCCAAAAGAAAAAGCCGAGGCUCAAAGCCAGAGCACAGUCCAGUCCGUACUGUGA